CGCCUCCCCUCCGCCUUCCACCCGUUGCGCCCUUCCUCCCCCCCCCCCUCCCCCCUCUCUCGCUUCCUCCGACACGCGCAAGGCGUAACACAACCAUGUCUGCUCCGCCCCCCACCGACUUCCCGAAUGCGGAUCUGGACGAAACCACUGUCGCGGCCCUGGCCGACCUGGACUCCCUGCUGGAGGGCAUGAACCUCAAUGCCUUCACCAGCGCUAGUGCCAGCACCGACGCUUCACCGGCUCUCGGCGACUUUGACGACAUGACCAGCCAGCUGGACAACCUGACCGCCGAUCUGGACUUCUUUUCGAACACUUCCACCGUGUCCGGCACCGUGUCCACCAGUGGCACCGGCGCCGACGCUGGGUUUGGUCUGAGCUGGAACAGCGGCCCCGAGGAGGUCGAUGUGAUGGCCUUCAUCCCGGAGGACGACAUCCCCCAGGUGGAGCUGGAAACCGCACAGGAGGUGGCCGAGGACAUCAUGGGUGUCCUGAAGGUUGAGCUGCCCAACAAGUCGCACUUCAAGUUCGUGUUCACGAGCAAAACCACCACCGUUCAAAUGGUCGAUCAGGUGUGCCGCAAGGCUGGCAUUGCGCAGUCGCGCUUCUUCGGUCUGCAGCGUCUCCGCUUCCAGCGCACGCUCACUGACGAGGACGUCAACUGCCCGAUGGUCUGGCUGUCGUCCAGUCGGCCGAUCGCCGCCCAGGAACUUGACCUUGAGUCGAUUGUGUACCUGCGCAUGCGUGCCUGGCCCGUGCAUAUGGAUGAGUUCUACGACCAGUCCUCCCUCGAGAUGGCCAUCCAUGAGAUCGACUCGCGUCUGGCCAUGAAGAACCCGAUGUUUAAGCCCCCCCUGCGGGCGUACCUGGAGCUGGCUGGCUGUCGGCUGCAGAUGCGCCAUGGCGACUUCAAGGAGGGUGUCUCCUUCGUCAGCGACAUGUCCAUGGUCCGCUCCCUGGUCCCGGAGUACAUCCUCCCUCAGCUUCUUCCGCAUGCCACCACGGAUGAGGAGAUUGUGGAGCAGCUGGCCGCUGCGCUGCUUGAGCCGCACCGUGCUCUCGCUGGUCUGGAUAAGAUCCAGUCCCAUCGCCAGUUCUUGAAGAUUGCGCUCAGCUACAUCCCCUUCAUCUCGGCGCACUUCUUCUCUGGUCAUAACUAUACCGGCGUGCCCCAGGCCACCAACCGCAACGCCAUGCUCAUGCAUGUGCCUGUCGUCCUGAGUGUCUCGCCCCAUGGCGUGGCGGUGUGGAUGAACAACAAGGGCCGUCUCGUCCUCCAAGCCUUCUACCGCCAGCAGGAUAUCAUCCGCUCGCGCAUCGUCACCAACCUCUACUACCACGAUGGCAUCGAUCCGGGCUACAUCCGCCAGGGGUCGAUGGCUUUGCUGGAGGCGGACCCCUAUGCCGCCGGGCCCUUCCGUCACAUUGUGCGCCUCUACCUGCGUAACCGGUCGGCCAAUGUUGCGUGCAUUGGGAGUGCCUCCUUCGUGGCCGGUGACACCUCCCUCGGGGACCUGAUUGCUGAGUACACCGAUGCCUGGACGCGUGCGCGUGCCCUCGAGGAUCUGGAUCUGGACCUGCAGCCGCUCGACGACUUCGACCCCUUCGGUGCCAGCGGCUCUUCCUCCGGAGCUGACGGCGCCGAGACGAAGAAGCCCUCGAGUGCCAAGACCGAUAUUGUGGUGACGGCCGCCUCGUAUGACGCGGAGUUGAGCACACGCAUGGACCUGCCGGCCAGCGCCACGGCCUCCAGCCUGCAAUCGGAGUUCACUGCGCCGCCAGGGAUGGGCGCCUCCGCCACGCCGACCGGCAUGACCGGUCGCACCUUGCGUGACAUGGUGGCCUCGCUGCUGAACAUCGGCUGUGCCACAGCCGGCUCCACCGGGUCCGAUGACGAUGAGGAGCAUGAUCACAAUGAUGAGGCCGAAAUCGACCCGCGCAUUGUUGACCUCUUCGACUUGGCGGUCUGGUAUGAUGGUGUUGACCAGUGGAUCGACCGCGACCGGCCGCUAUCUGCUCAGCGUGAUGUGAUCCCCUCCUCGGAGUCGCGUAUCCGCUUCAUGCUGAAGGCGCCCUUCUCGCGGUUGCUGGAGCCAUGUGUCGCCCCGAAUGCGGCCCUCGACACCAACAAGGAGGCCGGUCGCUCCCGGGGCUGGUCUGCCUUCAAGUCAUCCAAGAAGGUCCAGACCAUCAACGACCAGGUCACGGUUCUGGCGCGCGACCCGGUUGCCCUGCGCCUGGCUUACAACCAGCUGCAGGACCUGGUCUUCCGCGGGGAGAUUGUGGUUGCCGACGCCGGGGUUGCCACCGAGCUGGCCGCUCUGGAGCUGUAUCUGCGCACUGGGCCUCCCUCGAAGAAGGUGUCUCGCUCGAUUGCCGACAAGAUUGCCGAGUACAUCCCGGAGAACCUCCUUUCGCAGCGCAAGCCUUCCGACUGGGAGAAGCGGGUACACGCGGUGCACGACAAGUUCAAGAAGAUCGAGGGCGCCAACACCCCGGCCGAGUGCGAAGCGUGGAUCCGGUCGAAGUUCCUGCGCUUGGUGGCCGCCCUGCCGGACGCCUCGGGGGACAACCUGCCGCUGCUUGUGUCCUUCCCGCGCAGCCCGCCGUCCUUCAUCGUUCUCACAGCCGACGGCUUCUCGCACUUCUCCAUGGAGAAGAAUGAGCCAACCAAGGUGGCGCACUAUGUCUUCGGCAAGUCGCUGUUCGGCAUCAGUGUCAAUGCCCCCGGCUUGAUGACCCUCACCCUGGACAAGUCCGUGGCGCAGGCCAGCUUCCGCCUGCCCAAGCCCAAGACCAAGGAGGCCGAGGCCGAGCCCAACAUCAACGCCCAGAUUGUCACUGCUUCCCUGGCGCCGGAGAUCGCCGAGGCCAUGAACGAACAUCUGAUCAAGUUCGCGGCUUCUGGUGUGGCGGUGGCUGCCGCGCAGGAUGUCGACCCGACGGCCACUGGCGACGAGUCCGACUAACACGGGGCAUGUGUGUGUGUGUGUGUAUGCAUACCUUCCUUUUUCUUCUUGAUCCACCCCGUCACCCCAGCCCCAUGUGCUACCCAACUGCUCCGGACAACCCACAGCGGCCCCUGCGCGCAGGACUCCCUCCUCCUUGGGCCUUGGCCAGGCCCAGUGGCGGAACAGUAUGCGAGACUGAGGAGGGGGGGCGUGGAGCAAAAAGCCAAAAAAAAAGAAAAAGGUGUCAAA